UCGUUGCAAGAUGGCGGAGGAAGGUCUGUGGACUGAUGGAAGUGAGAGUUGAAACUUCAAAGUAUAUUAUACGAAAUUGUUCUCUUUUUGCUUCCAUAAGGGGAAAAAAAUAAGUAGUAAUCUCUAGAGUUAAAAAAUGCGUUGGAUGCUYAUGUUAGUGGUAGUCUUCUUGCACAUAAAUACUAUACAAUCGGAGAGUUCUUCAAGUCAGGCAUCCUACUCAGAUGUUCGUUGUAAAUGUGUGUGUCCAAAAGGAAAUAGUACAGAAAGAAAUGUUUUUGUUGCAACAGUUGAACCUGAGCAAUGCAAUUGUCAGCACAUUGUCAAACGCGAAGAAAACUUCUGCCUUAGGUGUCAAUGCAUGUAUGAGGCCAGGAACACUAUACUUAUAAAGGUGGUGAUUAUAUUCAUUAUUGUGUUGUUGGUUUGUCUGACUGUAUAUGCCAUUUAUCUGCUCGUCGACUCUAAAAUGUCUCCAGUGGAAAUCAGUGUUUCUUCAGAUGAGAUGCAGGAGAGACUGACAGCACGAACAAGAGGCGCUAGGAAUUUCAGUGUCAGGGCUUUUGAUCGCAGGCAUGCAAGAUGGAAACAACAAGUAGCAGCACAGAGGAGGCAUAUUUAUGAUACUCGAACAAUGCUCAGUUAAAGCGUUACAUUAGCGUGGUUAAAGACACACAUUUACUUACUCAAUUGGUUAGGAGCACGAUUGGUAGCAAUCUGAUCUGAAAUAGUGACGUAGAAAUGAUGWCACUGCAAGACUGAGGUGUCAUGAAGCCUGUGAAAAUUUACCAGCGAAAAAUGAAAACAUGCGCGCCACUGCAAUAAAAAUAUAUAACUCGUUUAUGGUGACACUGUUAUCAACGUUUUUCUUUCUUUUGAUGGCCUGGAAAUCAACAAUUUUAUCAGGAAAAUCGACACCUCAGUUUUGCAAAUUUCCUCGAUUCUCAUUGGCUAAAAACRAAUUUGGGGCCAGGAGGCAGCUCAGAAUUAUGUACCACUUUYUUUGUACCAAUGAACAUUGAAUUCAUUGAUUGCACGAAAGUGAAAGGUAACGGUAUAUCCAAUUGAAUCGGACCAAAUAAUGAUAAAGAUAAGCCAAAUCAUACCAAACUGAUGAACAAUGUAAAUGCAAGCUUACAUUAUCGAAAUGAAAGCAAUUGACAUCACGAUAAACUAGAUAUAUUUUAUAGGUAUAACAAAAAACCUUUGCCGAACGGACCGUCAAUGCUUGCCAAAAUACAUUUCCACCAGAAAAAGGAAAAGAAUGAUUGACAGCCUAAAUCAAGACAUUGAAAAUGCAUGCAGUUGCACUGAAAAGCAUUCAAUGAAUAAAUAGGCAUUUCCUUUCCAGCAUUGUUUUACAAARAGUAAAAUGAAAAGGAAUGCCCAAUGAAAUUGACAGCGAUAAGUCAAUUAGUGAAAAAGGGAUUCCAAUGAAAUCAAAUUUUGUUUAUAAAAUGCUAGAAGCUUAACGAAAUGUAAUAAAGAAUUUACGGUUAAAUGUCA